AUGGAGAUGGAGGCAAAGAAGCCUUACGUGAUCGCCAUCGUCGUCCAGCUCAUCUACACCGGCAUGUUCGUCGUCUCCAAGGCGGCCUUCAACCAUGGCAUGAACACCUACGUCUUCAUCUUCUACCGCCAGGCCGCCGCGUCGCUCCUCCUCCUUCCUAUAGCUUUUGUUCUUGAAAGGAAAAAUGUGAGAACCUUGUCGCCUUGGCUGCUCCUGAAGCUCUUCUUCUUAGCCUUAAUCGGGAUCACAUUCAGCCUAAACCUGUACAACGUGAGCCUCAAGUUCACGUCGGCAACCGUGGCGUCCGCGGCGACCAACGCCAUGCCAGUCGUCACCUUCUGCUUCGCGCUGCUGCUGAAGAUGGAGGCGGUGAAGCUGAGGAGCUCAUCAGGCCUAGCCAAGCUCGCCGGCGUGUCGCUCUGCCUCGCCGGAGUCUUCGCCAUAGCCUUCUACGUCGGGCCCGCGCUGAGCCCCGUGAACCGCCACCGCGCCUUCGCCUCCUCCGCCAGUCCAGCUCCGAGCGGCGGCAGGACGACAUGGAUCAAGGGCACGUUCCUGAUGGUGCUCGCCAACAUGGCGUGGUCGCUCUGGAUCGUCCUGCAGGGCAGGCUGCUCAAGGAGUACCCCAACAAGAUGCUCGUCACGGUGGUGCAGUGCGUGUUCAGCGCCGUGCAGUCGUUCGUCGUCGCCGUCGUGGCUGAGAGGGACUUCUCCAGGUGGAGCCUCCGGCUCGACAUCAGCUUGCUCGCCGUCCUCUACACCGGGUUCUUGGUGACGGGAGUGACCUACUACCUGCAAGCAUGGUGUGUGGAGAUGAAAGGCCCUGUCUUCUUUGCCGUCUGGACCCCGCUCUGCUUCGUCUUCACAAUAUUCUCGUCGUCGUUCUUCUUGGGAGAGAUUGUGCACCUCGGCGGUAUUGUUGGGGGGAUCCUGCUGGUUGGUGGACUUUACAGUGUGCUCUGGGGUAAGAGCAAGGAAACAAAGGUUGCAACUUGUGGCAAGGUGAAUAGUGCAAUGGAUGAUGCAGAUGAGGAGAACAAUCAUCAUAAAACCUCAAGAGAAGGUGGAGACAACAUCAGCAUCAAUAGUUGA